UCAUCAGGGCCCAGCAGUGCCGCCAACCUAUGCCACCCACAUGCCCAUCAGUGCCAACCACUUGUGCCCAUCAAUGUCACCCACCUGUUCCACUCAGCAGUGCCACCCACCUGUGCCCUGCAGUGCCAUCCACCUUGCCACCCAUUAGUGCUGUUCACCAGUGCCGCCCAUCAGUGCUGCCCAUCAGUGCCAUCUAUCAGUGCACCAUCAUCAGUGCCACUUAUCAGUGCUGCCUAUCCAUGCCACCUCAUCAGUGCCCAUCAGUGCUGCCUAUCUGUGCCCAUCAGUGCUGCCUAUCAGUGCAGCCUCAU